ACUGGUGUAAGAGUAGCACUGGUCCCUGUAGUUGAAACUACGUAGAGAAAAUACACUGUUAACAACACGGCUUUAGCCGUCAAUAAAUACUCUCAUUCGUCUACCCUCACUUUCCUAAUCCUUUCACUUGCGCUGAAAAACCCCCUCUACAAGCCGCCUCUGAGCUCUUCCGUUUUUUUUCCCUGCAUAACCCUCCUCGUUAUUGCUUAUAGAAACCUGUUCUUUCUUGAUAGUUUUGUCCUGUUUCAAAUCAUUUCUUUAAUUUACGGGCUUCUUUCCGUAAUUUUUUGUUCAUUUCGUAAUUAUUAUUUCUUCGAGAUCGUUUACUAUUUCACCGAGAUCUUAGUUUUUAAAGAUUAUCACUGUGGUGGGGUAUGGAAUUGAGAGAAGCCCAUCUAAUUAUUGUGAUUUCAGCUGAAGUUCAGUUACCCAACACGCUAUUAACACAGAACAGCUGUAAAAGUUGCAUGUGAUGGGAGGAAGAUUUAGCAAAAGGACUGGUGUUGAUGUCCCACCAGCCCAAUCCCUCCAAAUACAAAACAAUAGCCAAUUCACACCCGAUCUGAGCUCCUAUGAGGCGGCGUGUAUGCUUGAUCCAGAUUUGCAGUCAUUUGAUGCCACCCUCCAAGAACGAACCGGCCGGGUCAUCAGCUCGCUUGCCUCGGGGGUGGAGGUUCGGUCCUUAUCUUUUGACUCACUUAGAGAGGUCACCAAUAGUCUGCUUGAAAUGAACCAGGAAGUUGUCAAAGUCAUUCUAGAGUGUAAAAGAGAUAUAUGGAACAAUCAAGAAUUGUUCUCAUUGGUGGAAGAUUUUUUUGAGAACAGUCUGAAGACAUUGGACUUCUGUGGUGCCCUUGAGAACUGCCUGAAGCGCACACGUGAUAACCAGUUGAUAAUUCAAGUUGCUGUUAAGAAUUUUGAAGAAGUAGACGAUGGGGUUGAUGGGGUGAGGUAUGCAAAGACAUUGCAAGAACUAAGGAAAUUUAAGGCUGCUGGGGACCCAUUUACGGACGAGUUUUUUGCACUGUUUCAAUCAGUUUAUCAGCACCAUGUAUCAAUGUUGGAAAAGUUGCAGCUUCGGAAGAGAAAGCUAGAUAAGAAAUUGAAAUCUCUAAAGACUUGGAGGAGAGUGUCCAAUGUCCUUUUUGUGGCUGCUUUUGUUUCAGUGUUGGUUCUCUCGGUGGUAGCAGCUGCCAUUGCAGCUCCUCCUGUUGUAACUGCUUUGGCAGGUGCAUUGGCUGUUCCCAUAGGUUCAGUGGGAAAAUGGUGCAACGCUCUUUGGAAGCGCUAUGAAAAUGCAGUGAAAGGACAAAGGGAGGUAAUCAGCUCAAUGCAGGUUGGCACAUACAUUACCAUGAAGGACUUGGAUACCAUUCGGGUAAUGGUCAACAAACUGGAAAUUGAGAUUGAGUCAAUGUUGCAGAAUGUUGAUUUUGCUCUCAGAGAAGAGGAGGCAGUGAACCUGGCAAUGGAUGAGAUCAAGAAGAAGCUGGAACUGUUUAUGGAUACCAUUGAUAAUUUAAGUACGCAUGCUGAUAAGUGUAGCCGGGAUAUAAGGAGGGCGAGGACAGUGAUUUUGCAGCAGAUAAUAAGACAUCCGACAAAUUAAAAGCCCUCUGGUAUGUUGUGCUGAUAAAGCUUCCCUUGUUAGUGUUUAUACUAAUUUCAUACAGCAGUUAAAUAAUUGCUGAGCUACACCUGGAUUGAUUGACGUUGUCUCAAAGAAUCUAAAGAGAGAGUUUUGUUGCUGAGCAGGCUUUUCUUUUCCUUUUUUCUUCUUUUCUUUUGGUGAAAGGGGGGAGGGGAGUGGCUUUGUAAGAUGUCCUAUGUGUACGACUAAAUUCUGUGUUACCUACUUGCUAAUACAGAUAUAUAAAACAUAAUUUUACAUUCUUAAA